GAAUAUUCGAUGCCUAUAUUUCUUAUAUUUUAUGUGCAUUUUAUAAUAGUUACAUUUGUUAAGUUUAUGAGAACCAAGAUUAAUUAGCAGAUUUUUGGCUAAUUUAAAAGUAUAGAUUUAUAGUGUUUUAAAUAGUUUCUAAACUUAUAUUAAAUAACAAAAUUUUAUUAUAAAUAUUUUUAGUUUUAGUUAAUUUCCAUAUCUAUUCCCCAAAAUUGUUAGAUUAAUGAUUUUACUAUUAUGAUUUUGUUUUCAUAUCAUACUAUGUGCUUUGUUAUUGUGCUUCUUUAUUUAAAUUCAAAGAAAUAAUGUAAUAACAUAAGGACAUAUUUUAUAACAGAAAUCAAUUAGUUUCGUGAACUGCUAGUGUUUGGCCGUAGUGUUUGUUUUAAAUCGAUUAGUAACAACAAUUAACAUAAUCAACUUAGUGUGUUCCUUAUAAAUAGGAGUAGAGAUAUUUUGAUUGAUUAAGACAAAUAUUAAAUAAAAUAUAUUAUUAAUGAAUGGGUUCAACAUAUAAGUAGAUUUUUUAAAAAUCAUUCCCGUUUAAUAAUAUAUAGAUAAUAGAGAAAGCUUGACCUGUGUUAUCUAGUCUAGAGGGACUUGGGUGUUUGAACGAGCCCAUUGGGCUGCAAAAUCAAGAAAGGAUUUUUGGAACCAAGCUGAUCAAAUUUGUCAGAGAAUAUGACACGUUGCCGGACCAAACUUAACAAAACAAUACCAUUUGGCUCAAAAUUAAACAAAUAUAUAAAGUCUAGGGUCCAUAAUGUAAUUUUCAGUAUUAUCCCUCUCCUUAUCUUAUUUUUUAACGGACAUCAAAAUCAGAUUAGUUCCAUCUCCGUCGACAACUGUCGCAACCCUAACAAACCCAAAAAUCCUUUGACAAAAAUACCCUUACUACAAGGGAAACAAAAUUGAAAAAAGGAAAUUGACAAGUUACUUGGAUACUAAGCAACUACGUUAUUUCCUUUUUUACGACUCACCACUAUCGCUAUAUAUGUUCUACUAGCACUCUCAUUCUUUCCUUUAUUUCUUCUUUUGCUCGUUUAUCAUUCAUCAAACCCUAAGCCACCUGAGAGAAUCAACAAACGAAGAAAGAACAAGAUGAAGGAUUUGAUUGCUGCUGCCCUCAAGAGUACUUACGACACUCGGAGCCCCGGUGGAGUCGAACGAUGCAUCGAUCUGUUGAUUCGGUUGAAGUCUAUGUCUCUCUCAGUCAAGGACAUUCUUUACUUCUCCAAGUCGAUCUUCAAACUCGAGACUUUGAGAAGGCAUCGAAACCCUAGAAUCCGGGAAGUAUCUCACUCUUUGCUUACUUCCUUGUUGAAGACGCUCUACUCGCAAGGAUCAGACAAAUCUGCCGGUCUUAACGCAGUUAGUCUGAAGAGGAAAGAGGCAAAGACCGGGUCUUUGACGAAUAAAAGGGCAAAGACCAAUCUUUUGGUUUCGGACCAGAAACAAGAUCACAAAACUCUCGCUCGGGAACCUGUGGUAAGGAGGACUGAGACAAAGAAGACCGAUGCUUGCAUGUCUGUUACGACCAAGCCUGUUACUACCACGGCUCUUCCUCAGCAAUCGAGACGGGACAUCAAAGAUGGUAAGGUUACAACCAAAACCUUGAUUCCUCCUCCGAGGAGAGUCGCUGCUUGCAAAAGCGUUCCAGCGAAAGCUUCUAGAAACCCUAAAACAGAGGAGAUGGUGGAGUUGUUCGAAGCAGCCAAGAAAGCGGCUGACGUGGCCAACGCUAAGGGUAUUCUCUCCGGCAAAGCAGACGCGUUGAGGUGUGUUGAAGCUAUCUCAUUACUCAUGAAGAUGAACGUCACUCCAAAACCUAAUGAGCCAAGGAGGAUGAUUGAGAGGCUGGAGAGACUUGCCAAGCACAAGGACCGUACGAUUUGCAGUGCUGCGACAGCCCUUCUUCAGCUUUGGAGGCAGAGGAUCAGAGAAGAAGAACGUAAAGAGUCUUCUGCCAUCAAGAACCCUCGUAGAGUUCAACGAACAUGCGGUCAGGGCUUCACAAGAGAAUCUACAAAGGCAAUGAAGUUAGUGAUGUGA